GUACAAGGCAAGAAGCCGCCGUGUCGUUACCUGCCCUAUGAAAUAAAGUUUGGUCUAUUCUCAUAGGGUGCACAGUUUAAGACUCACAUGCAAGUUGCUAGGUAGGUACCUAGGAACGGUACAGAGGUAGGGACAGAGGUAGGUAUCUUGUAGAUAGGCUUUCCUCUAUCACUCUGCAUCUACCAACUAUCUUUCAUCGUUUCUUCAUCUCCCAAGACCCUACCACCCAACCUCGUCUACCCAAUUUUCGUUUGUUCAGCAAUUCUUUCCAUACUUUAUUAGUUUUCCCACUCGUUUGAUUAUCGACGUUUGUGACACGAACGAUAUCGCAUAAAAGCAAUCCUAAGCUGCUAAGCACUUCAAGUCUUCAACGUUACUUUCUGAUUAUCAUACCUCCUUGGGCUCUCUUUACUACACUACCCAUUUAGUAGUUGUAGGUAUACCCUUCACUUACCUGCUCUUGCAUCGGAUGGUAUUUUAAUUGCACAAUAUUGGAAUCAUUGUCAGGAUUUCUUUUUCAAUAAUACAAACAUCAUGCCUCCGGUUCCUGCGUUUGACUUAUACUCCACCCUUGAGGUGGAGACAACUGCUACGCCCGCGGAGAUCACCGCGUCUUAUCGUCGUUUAGCACUGAUCCACCAUCCCGACAAGAAUACGGAAAAUGAAGAAGCUGCAACAGCUGCUUUUCAGAAGAUCUCGCACGCCUACGAGAUUCUGUCUAGCCCCGAGAAGCGUGCUCACUAUGAUGAGAACAAUCGUCCUUCUGCCAACCCAGCGGGCCCGUCGUUCGAGGGACAAGGUUCCUUCUACUCUGCACCUGGACCUAAUGUCUUCGCUGGCGGAUUCUUUACCUUCGACGGGAUGUUCACUGGAUUCAACGGCGGCGGCUUCCGUGCUUUUCCCUUCGCUAGCACCACAAAUGCUCCUACCUGGGAGGAAUUCCGCAGUCAGCGUGACGCGAAUCUGGAACGGGACAUCGCAAAUAACCUGCGAACUUACCGUGUCAAAAUCGAGGUGCAGGAAGAGGAGCAGAAGACCCGGGAGGCUGCUAAGAAGGCCAAGUCGGACGACGAGAAGCGAGUUCGUGAUCAACUGCAAGCUACCGAGAAGUAUAAGCAGGAGCAACGAUGGGACAAGCUCGGUGCCGUGACCAAGGACGAGAAAUUGGAGAAUUGUCUUCACUCUGAGUUUUGCGAUAAGAUUCCCCAGCGCCACAAGUUCAAGUGUGACGCCUGCAAGGUCAAGAGAGGCAUUAUGACUUUCGAGUGCCCCUACUGCUCGUCGCUCCUCUGUCAGCAGUGCGUAGUUGGCUUCUCGCAGAAGCGUUCUGCUCCCGAGACGAAGCCAGUCCGUCAGCCCGAGCUGGUGGUUGACCCCGAGCCGGUGGUUGACCUCAAGCCGGUGGUUGACCUCAAGCCGGUAGGAAACCAGGAAGCGGAGGCGGAGGAUGAUGGUUUCAAGAAGCAACAGAAUGUUAAGCAGCAAGGUGGCCGAGGUCACCCUCGCGAUCCCCAGGGACCACCCCGCUGCUUCUAUUGCCACAAGCUAGGUCACGUGGCCAAGUUCUGUCGCCACCGCCUCGAGGCUAAGGGUCAAUAUACCUUCGGAGAUAAGAAGCACUGGCAGGGCAAGCCUCCCGGAGGCCCCAAGGGUAACGGACAGGCACAGUAGUUCAAACGGUGGUCAGCCCUGAGACAGGGAGGCAUGGCAUCUGGUGGUUAAAGAUACGGAUGCAUUAAGGCUUGGGUGGAAAAUUGGCGUUCGGAUGCAUGAGUUUGCGAUAUGGGUUUCUGAAUUUGGCAUGGGGUGGUGAUACCCAAUACGUCUACGAUAAUGAAUGUUUCUGCAUUGGUGCUUUUUGAGUUCUUAUAGUCACAUAGGUCUGUCUACCUAUCUUGGCCUGCUUGCCGAUCUUCUUUUGCCAGAUUUUAGGGCUUUGGUAUUGGAGUCGCUGGUUAGGUUAAUACUAUGGAACUUUGCAUUA